GAUCAUGAGGUGCCAGAAUUUGAGCCUAGGGCCUUACAACAUGAAAGUAAGUGAGCCACAUCCCUGGUCCAGAGCUUAUGUUUUAAAAUUAAAAUUUUUUUCUUUUGGGUAGAGGGAGAUCAAACCCAUCAUGCCCACCCACCCCCCCUCAUAAAAAAGUGAACACAUUUUCACUUGUGCAUGUGAAAUUUCAUUUGUGUGUGCUUUUUUAGACAAUUGCUCAAAUUCAUAAUAAAGGAGGGGAACGCUCCUAUUUGGGAUAUGGUGCUACUUCUCAAUUCUCCCUAAGCCGAAUAACAUCAUGCCAUCAUUUUUUGCUUUAUAACUCUAUCCUUAGGACCUCUUUAGGUUGAAGAGAUGGUUCAGCAGGCGAGGCACAUGCUUUGCACAAAGGAAGCCGGGGUUCGGUAUCAGCACUGCCAGGUAUGACCUUUGAGCACAGAGCUGGGAGUAGUCCAUGCACUCUGCCAGGUGUAACCCCAAAACAAACAAACCAACUCCCCUCCAAAACCAAAACCCUUCCAACAUAAAAGGAAACAUCUUAAGUAAGUAGACUGGCAAACAGUCACUUCCUGCUUUCUCCAUAUCUCAAAGGGUGGAGUCCAGAAACCGCUAAAAGAAAAAAGAAGUGAAAAGAUGUUAAAUACUGGGACCAGCUCACCCAGCUCAGUCGAGAGGUCCGACUUCUUGCCAAGAUGAAGGCUCUCCUCAUUCUGGGGCUUGUCCUCCUGUGUGUCACUGUCCAGGGCAAGGUCUUUGAACGAUGUGAACUGGCCAGGACUCUGAAAAGACUCGGAAUGGAUGGCUACCGGGGAGUCAGCCUGGCAAACUGGAUGUGUUUGACCAAGUGGGAAAGUGAUUACAACACUCGAGCCACAAACUUCAACCCUGGAAGCGGGAGCACUGACUAUGGGAUAUUUCAGAUCAACAGUCGCUAUUGGUGUAACGAUGGCAAGACCCCUGGGGCCAAGAACGCCUGCGGCAUCUCCUGCAGCGUUUUGCUGAAAGAUGACAUCACUCAAGCUGUAGCAUGUGCAAAGAGAGUCGUCAGGGACCCACAAGGCAUUCGAGCCUGGGUGGCAUGGAGAAACCACUGUCAGAACAGAGAUGUGUCUCAGUAUGUGCGGGGUUGUAGAGUCUAACUAUGGAAUGUUCCAGCUUCAGCUCAUUUUGUCUCUCUUUUUUUUUUUUUAUAUUGAGAGGGUAGUCAUUCAGUGAAAGGUCACACUCAGGAGCAAAAUGUGAGUUUUCGCCUGAAGGUGAAUGUUAUGAAUGUGUCUAUUGUUUUAUAUUAAACUUACCAAAUUUUCAAUUUGCUAGUAGAACAAAUGCUCAUGAAUUUGCCCCAUACCGUGGCUGUCAAAUACAUAUCCAGUGUGCAUUCAGUUCUUCAUGAAAUAACAAAAACAAAACAAAACAAAUGUUAAAGGAGCCACAAUGUCAAAUGGCUAAAAAUGGAGACAACCUUAAUUAAUUAAGAAUUUUGUUUUCAUGAAGCGUAAGCUUCAAUUAAAACUGUUUCUUUAAAAGGAUCUAAGGUGUUGCCAUAGAAACAAGCCGCUCAGGCCAAAUCUCUUCCACCUCUGGGUAUUUCACGAGCAUUUUCUAUAGCAGUUGUGCAGGAAAAUUUGUCUUGAGGAAAUCAGUAGGUGUGGCCUUCAUUCUAAUGCAAGGAUUUUUUUUUUAAGUUGCUUUUGUGCAGCUUUAAAAAUAAAUUCACAAUGAACAUAUUGUAGACCUUUAAAAAACUCUUGUAUGCAUCGUGCUGAUGAAGAAACAUAAAGAAGGGUUAGUUGAGCUGUUGCUGUUUCAGUUUCAUUCAUUUUAAUUCAGGCAAUAGGAAUAACCAUAGAAGCAGAUGAAUUUGCAAGCAUUAACUGUGAAAUUAUAGUGAAUUAACACCAGGUAUAAUAUUAUGCAUGUUUUAAACAAUACAAUUAUUAUUAAAGGCUUUUUGCAACUCA